AUGGACACCGGCUAUGGCGGACCUCUUAUGGUUGCAAAGUCUUUGCAACAAUACCACCUUGCUGGGGUUGCAGGAUUCCAUAUUGAAGACCAAGUGGCACAGAAGAGAUGUGGGCAUUUAGCUGGCAAGGAAGUGGUGGAUAUUGAGGAAUAUGCCAGCCGUAUCAAAGCCUGUGUGUACAUGCGGAAGCAACUUCGUUCUGACAUCGUCAUCAUCGCACGCACAGAUGCACUCCAGAGCCGCGGAUGUGAAGCAGCAUUGGAGCGCCUCCGCCAGGCCAGAGACCUCGGUGCCGAUAUGGGAAUUCUGGAGGGCGUUCAAAACAAAGAGCAGGCGGCACAGGCUGUCAGAGAGCUAGCGUCGUGGCCAAUGUGCUACAAUAGCGUCGAAAACGGCGUUUCUCCAUUGAUCUCGGCAGCGGAAGCUGAGCAGAUGGGCUACAGAAUUAUUAUAUUCUCGUUUGCCUGUCUGGCGCCAGCAUAUGAGGCAAUCAAAAAUACGCUGGAGAGACUCAAGAGUAUUGGGUUAACAGGGAACUCUGUCUCUCCAAUGACUAUAUUCGAAGUUUGCGGGCUUGGAGAGAGUAUAGCAAUCGACAGGGCAGCUGGAGGGCAUGCAUUUGACAAGGUUUAG